AUGGAUCAAAGAUCUCGAUUUAUAUGCCUAAAUCAAACAGAUUCCAGGAAAUUGCUGUUCUUACUAGGGAUAGCAUUUGGUUUGGUUAUGGUUUUGCAGUUUUUUGAACUCCCAUAUGAUACUAUGUUGUCUUCAUUGCUGUCUGUUGGGAAAGUAUCAUUUUCUGGGAAAAGUGUCUCUUCUGAAAGCAGUGAUGAAAAAAGAGACAUUUCAUCAUCUGCUUAUAGCCUUCAUAAAAAUGAUUCUUUUUCCCUUCCUGAUCAAAAUGUGAGUUCAAGUUCCAUUUCAAUGGCCUUAACACCUUCUUAUACUGUACCCUCCUCUCCCAGAAGCUUCAAUUUGAACUCAAUUCCCCCCACAGCUUCAAUGGGUGCAUAUAUUGUUAAGCAGAGAUUGCCUCAAAGUAAUGUCAGUGCAUAUAAUCAGCCUGGCAAUUCAUCGGUAAAGGGAAACCUCGAAACGCCAGUGUAUUCGAUAUCUGAGAUGAACAAGUUGUUGCAGCAAAGAUACACUUUUCCUCAGUCAUCAAUAUCGAGAUGGCACUCGAACAUUGAUGAUGAACUGCUUCAAGCAAAGGCAGAGAUUAUGAAUGCUCCUGUUCGUCCCGAUGGAGAUCUCUAUGGACCUUUAUACCACAACGUCUCGAUGUUCAAAAGGCACUGCUCAUAA